AUGAAUUCUUCCUCAAUAUUUCAAGAGUUGUCCAGUAGUAAUCUCAUCUCAUUAGAUAUUGGAGGUUGUGGUAUUUCAAGUUCAGUUCUAGAUUCCCUUCAAAAUCUAACAAAUCUUAUUAGCCUCGACUUGUCUGACGAUCAACUCACUAAGAGAAUACCUAAAUCAUUGGGUAACUUUUGUAAUUUGAGAGAGAUUGAUUUGUCUUUUAACAAUAUUGGUAAUAUUAGUCUGACAUAUUUUCUUGAAAGUUUUUUCGAGUGCAAAUCACCUGCCUUGGAGUCAUUAUCCUUGAUCGGGAACCAUAUAACUGGUAUAAUUCCUCAUUCCAUAGGAAACUUGUCAUUUCUUAGAACAUUAUAUCUUACUGAUAAUCAAAUUUCUGGUCCCAUUCCAUACUCAAUUGGAAAAUUAUCAUCAUUGGAGGCCUUGGGUAUUAGUUAUAAUCGACUGGAUGGCAGCCUUCCUGAUAGCCUCGGACAACUUUCAAAGUUGAUUCUUUUAGAUUUUUCUCAUAAUUUGCUUACAGGUGUUGUGACAGAAGCUCACUUUAUCAAACUAGUGAGCUUGAAGGAUCUAGAAGGAUCAACUAACAAACUAAUCUUAAGGCUGCAAGUUGCAAACUGGAUUCCCCCUUUUCAGUUGGAACAUUUGUCUAUGAGAAAUUGGGUUUUAGGGCCUCAAUUUCCGUUGUGGUUGCAAUCACAGAAGGAUUUAAGUUAUUUAGACAUAAGCAACACAGACAUUUCAUCGCCCCUGCCCGAAUCAUUUGUGAGAUCAUUCUCCAAUUUAAGGUAUUUGAAUAUGUCAAAUAAUCAUAUCCGAGGACCAUUAACGUUCUCUGGUAACCCUGCCACACUUGUGUUUAUUGACAUUAGCUCGAAUGGGUUUCGGGGAUCGUUACAUCCUUUCUUGUGUUCUAGUGGUGUGACAAGCACAUCUUUUCUUAAUUUGGAAAAUAUUCAUUUGUCGGGUGACCUUCCAGAGUGUUAG